AUCAUUAAUUCGUUUUAAAUACGUCGAGAACGAUCGAAAGUAACGUUUGAGUUUCCUGUAAUUUGAUUGGUCCUCUAUCAGCUAUGCUCGAGAACGAACUGUAAUUUAACUUUGCCCUAUAUUUGUCUUCUAUUUAUAAUAAUUAAUUUCUAUGUGUAUCACGCGAAUAUUAUGUAAUUAUAAUCGAAUUGUCUAUCGGUAAAUUUGUUAAAUAUCAAAAUACACUUUCCUUUCAUCUUCUUCGAUAGUAGGAUUAUAUAUAUAUACCCCGCCAAAAGAUUAACAUAAGAACGUUAUGAUCGGCUACGACCGUUGCACGCAGUGUGCAAAAUAUACAUAAAAAUAAAUAAAUAAAGAAAUAAAUAUUUGUUAUCGCGUUUGACUUUUCUUCGACGAAUAAUUAUAAUCGUUUGUCGAAUUAGUGAUUAAGCGGACUUAUCGUUAGAUAGAACCAUAGACAAGUUGGAAAGUGAUAUUAUUACAAAAUGGCAAAUUUAUAUUUUUGGAUUUUUAUGUUGACGUUAAUUUUACAUCAAGCGAACUCAACGACGCUAUUUAGCUGGUUAUGGGAUACAAGUAAGGAUGAUACGAACGUUUUGGUUGCCGAUGGCGUACCUUUGAUAUCAAUACCGUACGAAACUAUGACAGAGGAUGAAAAGUUUCUGCAAGAAGCUGCAAAGUUUACAGAUAUUCAAGCUUCGUCCCCUUUAAAAACGUGUCAACAUAAAGUAAUUAUAAAAAUAAGAACUUCUUGCUACGAUAUGACCGAAGAACAGCUUGCUAAAUUGAGCGUCAAUCUGUUGAAUUGUCAAUCGGCAGUAGAAGGAAGAAAAAUAUUUCCUUGUACGGAAGAGAUGUCUCUUAAACAAUGCACGACAGAUAUGGAUGCAGAUAUGUGGAAUGCAUAUCAUUUGAUGAGUAAUAGGGCUCGAGCGGUUUGUUAUACGGCUCGAAGUACGCAAUUUCGUGCUCUGACCGAAUUAACGGUCAAUAAAUUGAUGCAAACUGCACAUUCGCAAAUUAAAACGUUAAUGUCUUUGAAGGAAGGUCAGGAUCGUUUGAUGGAUCGAACGAGCGAAGCGUUAUCUUCCUUGUCGGACGGCAAUGAAGCAUUAUUACUACAACAACAAAAUCUGAAGGACGCUCAAACGACUGCUCACAAAUUGGUGACUACUAAUCUUAGAAAUUUAAAUAACGAAAAAGCAUUGAUCCGUCUAGGUCACGCUCAACUUGCGACCAUGGUGGAAGAUGUGAAAGAGAAAUUAGAGAAAGCAGGCGAAGAACUUGUUAAACAAUCUACGGUGCGUGGAGAGAGUCAUAAGGAAAUAUUAAACGACUUGACAAACGUACGAAAUCAAGCACAAUUAAUUUGGGAAAAGAUAGAAUCUAGUACAACCCUUAUACUCGAUCAGCACCGGGAAGCUGCCGAACAGUACGAACAAAUGAUGGAGAAAUUGGCACGUAUUAAUGAGACUAUUCAGUUUAUCUCCAAUGUAACUAAUAAAAUGCGUACAGAAAUAGAACAGAACAUUCAUCAAGUCGAUUGGAUUAUGGAUUACAUCGGCGAUACCGGGGAACGAUUACAAAAAGUAUAUCGUACAGUUUUGCAUAUCCUAUAUCUAUUGAUUGCCAUGAUAACUGCUGCAUUUUUGAAUGCACCGUUUUGGACCAGAGCGGCUAUAAUGGGCAUUAUACCUUUAAAUCUUUGUUCUUACUUAAAACACGGUUUGGAGGCUUGCCUUGAUUUUCCUUCUAUCACAGCAUUAAUAUUUUUAAUAACGAUGAUGCAUUUUUUAAUGAGUGGCAUACAAUAUAUUUGUAAAUCCAAAUUUCAAAAUUCUGAACCAGUAAGAUUGAUUAAUACGAAUGGAUUAUCUAAUGGUAAUACUCGCAUUUACGAAUCACCUUCCGAUUCCAAUUCCGUUCAAACAACGUUCAUAGCUUCCGUAAUAAAAACGACAGUUCGCAACUUUUUCAUUGCUAUACUUAAUAAAAUAAAUGGUUUAAAAGAAAAAACUUUAAAUUUGAUUCAAUCGGUAGCCUCGUGGAGUCGACAAAAUUUGUCCGCGCAAGAGCAGCUUUCUUGUUCGUAUAUACCGGCAAAGAAGUCGCACGAAGAUAUUUAUGACUACGAUUAUCCUGAUAUGUCCGAUGAUUUUUCACCGGAAGAUAUACCUAACAAAUCUAACGAUAGCUAUAAUGUCACUAACGAUGUAAAUAAUUUCAUAAAUAGAAGCGAUCUCAGAUAUCGCUUAAAAGGAGUAAAGGAGUUUGUUGCUACAACCGAACAAAAAAAUGUGUCUAUAAACUCGUCCAGAAGUAGCCCAGUACCACGUAUGUUGUGUAACGGAUUAACGCGAAGCGGGAAGAGAUGUCGUUUGUUUGCAACUCUUGGUCGUGAGUUCUGUUCUCGUCAUUCUACCGGUACGUCCAUUAUUACCGAUUAAUGUAUUUUAAUAAAAAUAAUAAUUUUAUAAAAUUAUAUUUAUUAAUCGAAAAAAUAGUAAACAAUGAAGUAUUUUAUCUGUUCCUUAUCGUAUUAGUUUAAUUAAAUGCAAAUUAUAGCAAUGUGCCACAAUACAAGGUUAAUGAUGCGUUUCUUAUUUUUUGUAAUACGUUUUGACAAGUGCGUUUAAGAGUUAUUCUUAAUUAUGCAUAUACAUAUCUACGUACGUAUACAAAGUUAUUAAUGAUCUAUAUUUUAUAACUUUUAUUUGACUUUUACAUAAGAUAUUAGCAAAAUACUCAUUACUUUUAUUUCUAUUAUGCGAUGUACGUCGAAUUAGACGAGUGCUGAAAUACUUUUAUAACCUACGAUUAGAAUAGACCUAAGUUAUCGGUGAGAAAUGGUACUGUUAUUCUCCGAGAUAACAAGAUUGAUACAAUAUUUAAGAGGUACGUAGUAGAGAUACACUGUAGCUUAAUCGUUUCAAAAAAGUGCCUUUAUAAAAUUAAUAUAAUUUUACAUACAAUGCGAUGUACUUAGAUACAAUAAUUUAUAGCUACAAUAGAGAAGUAUUCUAUAAUUUAAGCAUUACGAAUAGUUCGAAUAGAAUUACGAAUAGAAUGGGUUUAUAUAUAUAUACGCAUACGCACAUGCACACACUAUUAUAUAUAUACACAUUAUAUAUAUACACACUAUUAUAAUAUUCUAUAAUUUUUAGAUCGCAAAAUUAAGAUUUAUCGCGUCUUUUUAAUAUCUAAGUAGUAGAAAAAUUUAGACAGAAGAAUUUGAUCGAUUAAUGAUAUUUUUAUAUCAAUCAACUGUAUAUCACAAGUUUGUAAAUUAUUUUAUAACAUGGCAAAAAUAUAUUUCUCAAACCGAA